AUGCUUGGUGGUGACAUCAUCUGCCAGGCCAAGUCCGGUCUCGGUAAGACUGCCGUCUUCGUCCUCACGACCCUCCAGCAGGUCGAGCCUGUUGCCGGCGAGUGCUCCGUGUUGGUUAUGUGCCACACCCGUGAGCUGGCCUUCCAGAUUCGCAACGAGUACAACCGCUUCAGCAAGUACAUGCCCGACAUCAAGACCGGCGUCUUCUACGGUGGUACUCCUAUCCAGAAGGAUGCCGAGAUACUCAAGAACAAGGAUACCCAUCCCCACAUCAUUGUCGGCACACCUGGCCGCUUGAACGCCCUUGUCCGCGACAAGCACCUCCGUCUUGGCAGCGUCAGAAUGUUCGUCCUCGAUGAGUGCGACAAGAUGCUUGAUCAGAUUGACAUGCGCCGUGACGUGCAGGAGAUCUUCCGUGCUACUCCGCAGCAGAAGCAGGUGAUGAUGUUUUCGGCCACUUUGUCCGACGAGAUCAAGCCCAUUUGCCGGAAGUUCAUGCAGAACCCCACCGAGCACUACGUCGAUGAGGAUACCAAGUUGACGCUCCACGGCUUGCAGCAGUACUAUCUUGCCCUUGAAGAGAGGGAGAAGAACCGUAAGCUGAACGAGCUCCUGGACGACCUCCAGUUCAACCAGGUCAUCAUCUUCGUCAAAAGCACCCUGCGCGCUACCGAGCUGGAUAAGCUCCUCCGCGAGUGCAACUUCCCUUCGAUUGCCGUCCACUCCGGUGUCAGCCAAGAGGAGCGUAUCAAGAGAUACAAAGAGUUCAAGGAGUUCAACAAGCGUAUCUGCGUGGCCACCGACGUUUUCGGCCGUGGUAUCGAUAUCGAGCGGAUCAACCUCGCUAUCAACUACGACAUGCCCGCUGAUGCCGAUUCCUACCUCCACCGUGUCGGCCGUGCUGGACGUUUCGGUACCAAGGGUCUCGCCAUCUCCUUCGUGACCACCGAGCAGGACAAGGAGGUCCUCCAAGCCAUUGAGAAACGCUUCGAGGUCGCUCUUCCUGAGUUCCCCAAGGAGGGUAUUGAUGCCUCCACCUACAUGGCCUCUUAGACGAGUUGUUGGUGUUUGUUGAGCUUGGCCCUGGCAUACCACUCCUCACUUUUAAUUAGUUUGGCGAUUGCUUUUUUCUCUCUUUUUUUUCUGAAACGGCGGAUAUGGUUGCAAAGGGAAAAGCAUCAAAAGUGGCAGAAUAUAUGCAGCAAGGGCCCAAUAGGUGGUUUAGUUUUGUAUGAUUAGUACCAGACAAUCGAUUAUCGCCAUGCUUUCAGAAACAGCUUCUCCCUUGCUGGUGCUCAUGCUGAG